CGGCAGGCGGGAGCGAUGGUGAAGAUGGCGGCGGCGGGUGGCGGAGGCGGCGGUGGUCGCUAUUACGGCGGCGGCAACGAGGGAGGCCGAGCCCCUAAACGACUGAAGACUGAAAAUGCUGGCGACCAGCACGGAGGCGGCGGCGGCGGAGGAUCCGGGGCAGCGGGCGGCGGCGGCGGGGAGAACUACGAUGACCCCCACAAAACCCCUGCUUCCCCAGUUGUCCACAUCAGGGGCCUGAUUGAUGGUGUGGUGGAAGCUGACCUUGUGGAAGCCCUGCAAGAAUUUGGACCCAUCAGCUAUGUGGUGGUGAUGCCAAAGAAGAGACAGGCGCUGGUAGAGUUUGAAGAUGUGCUGGGGGCUUGUAACGCAGUGAACUACGCAGCGGACAACCAGAUCUACAUUGCUGGUCACCCUGCUUUUGUCAAUUACUCUACCAGCCAGAAGAUCUCUCGCCCCGGGGACUCAGACGACUCCCGGAGCGUCAACAGUGUGCUUCUGUUUACCAUCCUGAACCCCAUCUACUCCAUAACCACGGAUGUUCUUUACACUAUCUGUAAUCCUUGUGGUCCUGUUCAGAGAAUUGUCAUUUUUCGGAAGAAUGGAGUCCAGGCUAUGGUGGAAUUUGACUCUGUGCAAAGUGCCCAGCGGGCUAAGGCCUCUCUUAAUGGGGCUGACAUCUAUUCUGGCUGUUGCACUCUGAAGAUCGAGUAUGCAAAGCCUACCCGUUUAAAUGUGUUCAAGAAUGAUCAGGAUACUUGGGACUACACAAACCCCAACCUCAGUGGACAAGGUGACCCUGGCAGUAAUCCCAACAAACGCCAGCGGCAGCCCCCUCUCCUGGGAGAUCAUCCCGUAGAAUAUGGAGGGCCCCAUGGUGGGUACCACAGCCAUUACCAUGAUGAGGGCUACGGGCCCCCCCCACCUCACUACGAAGGGAGAAGGAUGGGCCCACCUGUGGGGGGUCACCGUCGGGGCCCAAGUCGCUAUGGCCCCCAGUAUGGUCAUCCCCCACCCCCUCCCCCACCACCCGACUAUGGCCCCCACGCUGACAGCCCUGUACUCAUGGUCUAUGGCUUGGAUCAAUCUAAGAUGAACUGUGAUCGAGUCUUCAAUGUCUUCUGCUUGUAUGGCAAUGUGGAGAAGGUGAAAUUUAUGAAAAGCAAGCCGGGGGCCGCCAUGGUGGAGAUGGCUGAUGGCUAUGCUGUGGACCGAGCCAUUACUCACCUUAACAACAACUUCAUGUUUGGGCAGAAGAUGAAUGUCUGUGUUUCCAAGCAACCAGCCAUUAUGCCUGGCCAGUCAUACGGGCUAGAAGACGGGUCCUGCAGUUACAAAGACUUCAGCGAGUCAAGGAACAAUCGGUUCUCCACCCCAGAGCAGGCAGCCAAGAACCGCAUCCAGCACCCUAGCAAUGUACUGCACUUCUUCAAUGCUCCCCUGGAGGUGACUGAGGAGAACUUCUUUGAGAUCUGCGAUGAGCUGGGAGUGAAGCGGCCAACCUCUGUGAAAGUAUUUUCAGGCAAAAGCGAACGCAGCUCUUCUGGGCUUCUGGAGUGGGAUUCUAAGAGCGAUGCCCUGGAGACAUUGGGCUUCCUGAACCAUUACCAGAUGAAAAACCCAAAUGGCCCGUACCCGUACACUCUGAAGCUGUGCUUCUCCACCACACAGCAUGCCUCCUAAUUAGCUGCUGGGACGAGCACAUCAAGCAGGAAGACGUCUCUUUCCUUUAUGCUGUUGGUUUUCUUUGGUUUUGUUCUGUUUUGAUUUAUUUUUUGCAGUUCUUGUUUCCUUUUAAAAUGCUAGUUCAGUAGACGCUUAACCACAACAGAAAUGCUGGAACUCUGGAGGGGGGGAGGGGAACUGAUAUCUCCCAAGAUUAACCUUCACUUUUUAAGAUAACUGUACGUGUGAUUUUUAUUUUUCCCUGUUCAUACAUUUGUGCUGCCCAUGUAUCUUGGCACACAUUUCAAUAAAAUGGUUUGGAAGCUAGAA